ACAGAAAUAUAGGCAGCAUCCAUCCCGGAUGCAUGCUCACUGUCUGCACUGUCCUGGGAAAGAUUUGCAACAGCUGCAAGUUCAUGACAAACGAGAAGCGGAGUUCAUUUUAAUAAAUGCACAUAAAAUUUUAAUUGCCGCAUUUCAUAAGUAGGUAGCAUCUCCUCACAAGCAAAACGAUGAUCGUACAGUUUGUUCUCUCCCUGGCCGUUCUGUCGGCCGUUGAACAAACGACUGGGACGGAUGUCCUCGAUGUUCACACGAAGCCGCAAGAAAAACUCGCAAGCCAAGCGAAAGGACGAAUUUCGCUGCAGAACACCGCAGAGAUCCAGCACUGCCUGCUCAGCGCUGGGGAUGUGGGCUGCGCUGUGUUCGAGUGCUUUGAGAACAACUCCUGCGAAAUAAACGGCCUGCAGCAGAUCUGUAUGACGUUCCUCCACAACGCCGGCAAGUUCAACUCACAGGGCAAGUCCUUCAUCAAAGACGCCCUGAAAUGCAUGGCCCACGGCUUGAGACACAAGUUCAGCUGCAUCAGUCGCAAGUGUCUGGCCGUGAAGGACAUGGUCUUACAGCUGCAGCGUGAGUGUUACGUCAAACACAACCUCUGCUCCGCCGCCAAGGAGAACAUCAACGUUAUGGUGCAGAUGAUUCACUUCCAGGACCUCUUCUCCAAGGGGCCAUACGUGGAGCUGGUGAACAUCUUGCUGGGCUGCGGGGAGCUGGUGAAGGAGGCCAUCACCCGCAGCGUGAGGCUCCAGUGCGAGCAGAACUGGGGGGCCCUCUGUGGGAGUCUGAGCUUCUGCUCGCUGGGACAGGCGGAGCCACACGCGCAGACGCCCCCGACGCCCACCCCCGAGCACCAUCGACACGCCAGGGACUCCCAGCACCAGCCGCACCCAUCAGGGACACACAGCAAGCGUUCCGUGGGCUCCUGGCAGGGUGAUAGGGCAAAGACUCUAGACUGUCUCUGGUCCACCGCCCGGCCAGCGCUCACCGGAGACAGACAGAAGGACAGAACCCAGCACGAAACCCAGACCCGUCCAUCCGGCACUCCCGGUCUUUACAACUAACUUCACAGGGUUGGCGUGACGACACGUUUUUAUUAUUUAAAGACCAACUUUCCAUUCUUAAUUUCAUUAUAUUAAUAUUAAGGGGCUGUAUACUACAGGUGUGCAUUGGAUGUGAUAUCAUAUUUGGCUUGUCCCCAGCCAGGAAUUGUCAUUUUAUUUUGACAGUAAACUUUGGAAAAUAGGCAGUGAAACAACAUGACUUUAUGAGUUUCAAUAUAUGUCCAAGUGAUUAUGAAUGUUAUGUAGACUCCCCGAUGUAAAAUUAUAUGCACAAUUAUGUAUUAUGCAUAUCUGACACUCGGAUUGGGCGGUAAACAGACACGGUAAAUUCAGCUCCUUGAAUUUAAGCCAAUAGAAAAUGACCUGCAAAGGAUUGUGGGUGAUUCAUCUGCCUGUGUAUGCUGCUUCGGCCCCUGCACCUGCUGCCGGCAUUUUUAUUUAUUAUUGCCAUAAUCAUCAUGAUACCCAUAAAAAUGUAACUUAUUCUUCAACUUUAAUCUAACUAAAGUCUAAGUAAUCCGACAGUUAAAUAAAAUCACCCUCUCGACUAUUUAUUUUUAAAUCCUACUUUAAUAUAUGUGCAUAUAUCUUCAUAUCCUUAAACAAUAUGUGAAUGAACGCGAAACAUAUGCAUUUUUAGUAGAUAUGCAAAAAAAACACAACUUCGAAGAGAAGCACAAAUUGGACUGCAGACGCGUGUCAUAUUUGGUUUUGAGAGGUGGAAAUUUCAGGUCCAGAGAGUAUUAAUCCAGGCCAAGGUUUUGUUUCAAAAUGAAUGAAUCCAGAGUUGAGUACUCUGUGACUGUGACUCUUUAUACUCAACUGGAUGGUUGAAACAAAACCUUGGUCUGGAUCUGCACUCUCUGAUGUUCUUUUAUUGCUUUCCGUCAAUGCACAUGAUUGUGCGGCCAUUCUGACCGCAAGCAAACCGAACAGAACUGGUGUCACCCAGUUCGGCGCAUAUGACCGUACAAUACGAACCAUGACCACCGACUUCCUUCAAACGUCCGCUCAUGCGCAUGCGUGAUUACGGUUACUGAAUCGCACCAGCCAGAGGAACCUUAGAGCACACAAGGGUGCCAGCUCUCACGCACCUGGCGUGACACUCAGACUGUCAGGCAGGCAAUCUUAGGGAAAAUAUAUAGUAUUCCAUUAUAAACCUGAAAUUAGCUACAUCAAAAUCAUGGGGUGGUUUGCAAACCCUAUAGACCAAUUUACAGGGUAAUAAAACUGUUACAUGCAUGCAAAUGCGCGUGCAUGUGUGCGCAGACUCAUCUCGAAUUGAAAAUCUCACUCCAGCCAGCCGACCGAAGCUGGCAACUCUGCCACUAUCACCCGCGCGGUCACAAUCAUACGUCUUUAAAAUCGAAUUCAAAAUAAACUUACCUCAAGUCAC